GCUGCUGACAGCCAAUAGAUAUCCUCGCAUUCACCGAGAUUCCCACGGUUCGACCGCGCCAAGCCAAUGGAUGCGAGAAACCGGAGAAAGUGGGCGCGUACAUCGUCGGGAGGAAAAUAAUCGGUGACGUUCCCCUCGCUUGCUUAUUGUUGGGCGGCGGGACGUUGCCGUCUUGGAUAGAUUGCGAAGGGCCAAUCACAGUGCUCCAUGGGACAACGCCGCAGAGAGGUGACCAAUCCGUAGCCUUGCUCCAGCUGUCAAUCAACCCAAGCUCUGGCGAGUAGGCGGGAUGUUCGCUCGGCUGUAGUUCCGUCAUCUCGCUCGUCUCCGAGGCUACAGGGGGCCAAUGUUGAUUUGGGCGAAUUCCCGUCGUUGUCGGACCCCGCCGAGGUUCAAUUUUUAAAAGUUGGGUUCGGUAACGAAAAGUGGCAGGCUUUCGAUUGAGAAUAUUGCAUCCCCGCCGUCGGUAUCGCUGUUUUUUGGGCUGGGGGAGAGGUGGGGAGCCGGGGGGCCUCGCUCGGAGGGGGCUGUAAGGAGGGACAGGAGAAGACUGGAUCCUCCGCGUUCAGGCCAACUGCGCCGAGGUCGGCCUGACAGUCCAGUGAAGCCCCAGCGACCGACAUACCACAACGACAGCCCCCCCGUGGACUUAAGCUCGAUAUCGGUCGCUGGUUGUUGAUGACCGUGGAGUGAGAGAGACCGCUGCACUACCCCGUCUCGCCGUGGCACCGCAUCAGUAGCUGUCAGGCUAUUAAAGAUCAAGACCUCGGCGGUAACGCUUGGUAACGGUUGCAGCUGGAUUUAGGAAAUACCGUUUAGACCUAAUCGAACUACGACCGGCUUGAGGAGGCUGCAGAGCGGCCAAAAAGCCACGGAUCGCCCGUUGACAAGUUGUCAUCAUGGGCAACGCGCCCACGGCCAGGAAGGGCAGCGAGAUGGAAAGCGUCAAGGAGUUCCUUGCUAAAGCCAAAGAGGACUUUCUCAAGAAGUGGGAGAACCCCGCACAGAACACUGCUGGCCUGGAGCAGUUUGAGAGGUUGAAAACCCUGGGCACGGGCUCAUUUGGCCGUGUGAUGCUGGUGAGGCACAGAGAAACGGGACAGCAUUAUGCCAUGAAGAUCCUCAACAAGCAGAAGGUGGUGAAGCUCAAGCAGAUAGAGCACACUCUGAAUGAGAAGAGGAUUCUUCAGGCUGUCAGUUUUCCUUUUCUGGUGCGGUUAGAGUACUCAUUCAAGGACAACACUAACCUCUACAUGGUGAUGGAAUAUGUACCAGGUGGAGAGAUGUUCUCCCAUCUACGGAGAAUUGGCAGAUUUAGUGAGCCUCAUGCUCGGUUCUACGCUGCUCAGAUUGUUCUGACCUUUGAGUACCUGCACGCUUUGGACCUGAUCUACAGAGACCUGAAACCUGAAAACCUGCUCAUAGACCAACAGGGCUACAUACAGGUGACAGAUUUUGGCUUUGCCAAACGUGUAAAGGGCCGGACCUGGACACUGUGUGGCACCCCAGAAUAUCUGGCCCCAGAGAUUAUUCUCAGCAAGGGGUAUAAUAAGGCAGUAGACUGGUGGGCGCUGGGCGUACUCGUAUAUGAGAUGGCAGCAGGGUACCCGCCUUUCUUUGCUGACCAGCCCAUUCAGAUCUAUGAAAAGAUCGUAUCGGGGAAGGUGCGUUUCCCAUCUCACUUCAGUUCAGACCUGAAGGACCUCCUGAGGAACCUGUUACAGGUGGAUCUCACAAAACGUUACGGGAACCUCAAGAACGGUGUCAACGACAUCAAGGGACACAAGUGGUUUGCAACCACUGACUGGAUUGCCAUCUACCAGAAAAAGGUGGAGGCGCCCUUCGUCCCCAAAUUCAAAGGACCAGGCGACACCAGCAACUUUGACGACUACGAGGAGGAGGAGAUCCGAGUCUCCUUCACGGAGAAAUGUGCCAAGGAGUUUGCAGAGUUCUAGAGUUAGAGAGCGAGAGAGGAUGAAAGAAGGAAGUAGGGAGAGUCAAAGGUAGGCUGGUCAAGUGGGAGACGUAAGGAGAGAGUACUGUCUCCUGUCCAAUCACAAGCACCAGCUACAAAAAGAGUAAAAAUGGGAUAGAGAAGGGGAAAAAAGAGCAAGGAGACUGAUAACCAGCAGUGUUGCCUUUUCUGUUGUGUUUCUGUUGUAUUUUAUUUAUUAUUCUGUCUUAUUUAUGGAUCCCUUUAUAAUGAAGGUGUGCUUCAGAUUCAUGGGUGUUGGGAACCCCCGCUCAUUUAGAUUUGCCUCUACACAUUCUCACACAAGAUCUUCCCUGCUCUUUUAUUGUUUCAUUCAUCAUUUAGAGCAAUCAGUCAGUCUGUUAAUCCACUGCAGUCUGUUGGUCAUUACAUGAAGCCCGUUGAGUCAUACUAGUUGAGGUCUCAGCCUGCACAAGUUUCUUAAACCGGCUAACUUGCUCUUUCUUUCAUAUCGUGGACAGCAUACUUCGAGUCACUGGCAUGAUUGGCCAAAAUAAAAAAAAAUUAUGCAUUGUGUGCUCAAACAAAUUUCGGUCAGAGACAGAUGACAGGGGGAAAAGUCAGUUAAGUUUACAGCUGAGUAACUCCAUCUACACUUCUUAUCAUUGUUAGCAUAGCCGGGCUUCUUGCAUUAUCUACAACACAUCAUGUCACGCUAACAAACAAGGAAAUGUGGAUAAGGGAACUCAAAUAUCUCAGUUUUAAUGGUGUUGUGAAGGAACACCAUAACAUAAUGGUAUCUCAGGUUUGAACAUAUCACUAAAUAGACAUUUUAUCAACAUAAAGCAUUAGGAUUAGCAUGUAAAGACGAUGUGUGAAAUGCUUGCGAUAUAGAUUUGGGACUUUAAAGUUCUGGUUAUCACUAAGAGAAACAUAAGGGAAUAUUAAGACUUUUGGUUAGUGUAUUCCACAGUUUCCCCUUCCAGAUGAUUUGGUUUUGCUAACUCAACAACUGUUUUGUCUUGAAAGCACUCGCUGUCCCUGCUCAGAGCUCACUUACUAGUCAGGUUGAUUCGGCAUUUUGAAUCAACCGUUUGGCCCUUGCCAACUCCAACUAAAAGAGACCAUCUGAGGCAGACUACCUCAAACUGCCUCUGGCUGGCGGUCACCAGAGCACUUUGACAAGUCCUUAAAGGCGGUCUGGAUAGUGUGCUUUAUGGUCUUUUAUAGAAACCUGUGUUUCAUGUUCAUCUCCCCAGCACCCAGCCCGCUCCUCUUAUCACUUGCAAAGUUGGACCACACAGCAUGUGACAGUCUGAUAUGUGACAGCAACUCUAUUCCCAUCUCUGUGUUUACAUGCACAGUUUUUGUUUAAUUUAGUUUUUCAUGUGGUGAUGAUGUAAAGAUGACGGGCACUCCAUUGAACAAGUGAGGAAAAGGUAGACCACCUGGAGUUGAAUAGAGCAGUACUGAGAAGAGACAAAAAUGGUCUUAGUGGUAUAAGCUGCCUAUUUAAAGUACACGCCACUUUGGGCACUUAAAGUGUCCAAUGCCUCCUUGCUCCUGGGCUAUGAUGGCAAAGUACUGAAUGCCCAAAAUGGUGGUCAUUGUAGGAUUUUGUCAUUCAGAAUUGAUAAAAUAAAGUGAUUCUAGUGUUUCAAACAUUCAAAUGCCUUCUAAUUUGGUUCAUACAGGCACUCCCAUUUUCCUCUGAUCAUUUUAAAAUCCGGAUAUUUUGAUUCACACGAGUCCUUCCUGUCCAAAACAGUUCAUAUAUGGGGGGAAAAAAAAACAUUUGUCCCACUCUCUGUACGUUGUGUACAGUAUCACUAUGCUGGAAUAUAUUACAUGGCCCCAGGUUUACUGUGUGGUAAUUUGAUUCCAACACAAAUUAAUUUAGGAAUAUGCAGCAUGUAAGCACAGUAGCCGCUGAAUUAAUGAAGGUCUUAAAGGGCCACGUCAGUGAUUCAGUAUUACACUUCCAUAAAACUUGCAAGAGACUUGCAGCAGAGGCCUAGAUAUCCUGACUAUUAUGCCGUGUUCACGUCAUACGGGAUGGGUGGUAGAGAUGAGGAAUAUUCCCAUGUUAACGACUUUCGAUUGUUGACAUCAUCUGACAACUCAAGAAGGUUGUAUGAUAACUGAGUUGGCUGUUUUAGGGUUUAAAAUACUGUGCAUUGACAAAAUGACAUUAUAUCCAUUAAAUUUGGGUUUAAUUACAUUGAACGACGGAUUUUGGCUGACGUGAGGCAUCCAUGUUUGCUUGGCUUUCAGACACUUCUGUAUUAUUAGAUGUGAAGUCGGAUAUAUCGGAGCUUUUUAUCAGUUUCCCAGUCGUUAUUACGGUUUGGAAGUUGACGUGACCCUCUUUUAUAUAUAUGUAUGUAUAUGUAAAUAUAUACAUAUGUCCCUGUCUCACACACACACACACACACACAAAUGCACACCAAAUUACUACAAACAAAUUGCUGCAGUGAACCUGGGGCUUUUGGGGGCCCCUGGGGAGUUGCCCUCUUUGCCCGGUUGGUAAUCAGCAGCCUCACCAAUAUCCAGUAAAUACGCUUUUGAUUGAUUUGUUUUCUAUCAAAGAAAUUAGUCACAUACAAGGCAACCAACUUGUGACCAACUGGGUCCACCCCCUCCCCUAUAUUACCCUACUUUUCAUAUUUAGUGCUCAGAUUCCACUUCUUUAUCAUUGUGAGAGGUGAAACAGCUGAAAAACUCAACAUUUAAUUUGACCUGAAGUCAAAUUCAUAUUGGCAGAUGGAUGGUGGCAAGAGCUUCAAGGUGGAUACACUCCUACUUGUAGUUAUCAGCUGGCUUAGUGGUUAUUAUGGACUAAUUUACAAACCUUUUAUUAUUAUUAUUAUUAAUAUUAUUAUUAUUAGCCUAUUAUUAUUAUUAUUAUUAUAACCUUGUUGUAAACCACUUGUUGAGACUUUACAUUCGCUGUAUUUCCUCCAUGUCAAGUUUAAUGUUGACUAUAUCAUCAUGGACAAAAUGUUUGAAGUUAUAAUACAAUAUUAUUCUGUGUCUCCUCGAUGUUUUUUGCAGUGAUACAACUUCCUCUCGAUGCAGGCACAAUGCUGGUACAUACUGUCGCACUUUUUAGGGAAAUGAGACCCCAAAGUAAACCAUGUUAACCCCCGCCACACACACACACACACACACACAGAGAGCAAAGGGAAGUGUCUAAAGUCACGAGAGCAGUGACAUAAAAACACGAAGUGUAAUAUUUUGCAACACGAGUAUCAUUCCAAUAAAGUUUUACUUGUAAAAUUCUA